AUGAGCAAAUCAAUUCCACAACCUCAAGAAACGUUUUUGAUUGGCAAUCUCAAAGAAUUAGAUCCCGAUCGUUUUUCUGAAUCACUUCAGAGACUGCAAGAACUGUACGGUGAUAUUUAUCGAUUGACUAUUUUUAAAACAAAUAUCGUAGUAGUAUCUAGUCACGAAUUCGUCAAUUUCGUAUGUGAUGAAUCAAAAUUCGAUAAAAAAAUUGCUUCAGGUUUAUUAGAACUGAGAAACGCAGGCGGUGAUGGACUUUUUACUGCCCAUACUUCAGAACCAAAUUGGAAACUUGCUCAUAAAAUUCUAAUGCCUGCUUUUGGACCACAAGCAAUUCGAGAUAUGUUUCCAGCUAUGAUGGAUAUAUCUUCACAACUUAUUCUUCGAUGGGAACGUUUUCCCGGAGAAAUUGAUGUUUGUGAUAAUUUCACGCGAUUAACUUUGGAUACAAUUGCUCUAUGCAGUUUUAAUUAUCGAUUUAAUAGUUUUUAUCAAAAUAAAAUGCAUCGUUUCAUUGAAGCAAUGAUUAACGUUCUUAUUGAAAGUGGUCGACGUGCUCAACGAUUUUCUUUACAAAAUACACUUAUGGUAACAACUACGCGUUGGUAUAAUAAUGAAAUUGCAUAUCUUCAUAGUCUAUGCGAUGAAAUUAUUAAACAAAGACGAGAACAUCCAAAUGAUGUGAAAGAUUUACUUAAUCGAAUGAUCAAUGGUAAAGAUCCAGAAAGUGGUUAUCAAUUAUCUGAUGAAAAUAUUCGUUAUCAAAUGCUUACAUUUUUAGUUGCUGGACAUGAAACAACAUCUGGUUUACUUUCAUUUGCUUUGUAUUAUCUUCUUAAAAAUCCACAUACUUUACAGAAAGCACAAACAGAAGUUGAUCAAUAUGGUGAAAUUACAGUUGAUACAUUAAGCAAAUUAAAAUAUAUUGAUGCAGUAUUAAAAGAAACACUUCGAUUACAACCUACAGCACCAGGAUUUAUUUUACAAUCAAAAGAAGACAGCGUUAUUCUACCUGGUGGUUAUGAACUUCACAAAGACGAUUCUAUUAUAGUUGUUUUGCAUAAAUUACAUCGUGAUCCAAAAGUAUGGGAUCGACCAGAAGAUUUUCUUCCAGAACGAAUGUUAAAUGGUGGAUUUGAAAAUCUUCCACCGAAUUCAUGGAAACCAUUUGGUAAUGGUCAACGAUCUUGUAUUGGUCGACCGUUUGCAUGGCAAGAAAGUCUUCUUGCUAUGGCACUUGUUCUUAAACAUUUUAAUAUUGAAUUUGUUGAUCCAUCUUAUGAUCUUCGUAUUAAACAAACAUUAACAAUUAAACCUGAAGGUUUCAAAAUACGAGUUCGAUCACGGCAACAACUUGAAAUUUCACUUGAUACAAAUAUCAAACAAUCUGAAAAAAAAGUUAAACAAAAAAGUGAUACAAAACAUCUUCGACCAAUGGCUAUUUUCUUUGGUAGUAAUUCUGGUUCAUGUGAAUCUUUUGCAGAAACAUUAGCAUCUGAAGCACCUCUUUAUGGUUACAAUGCUACUGUGGCUACUCUUGAUUCUACUGUUGGUUCUCUUCCGAAUGAUCAACCUAUAAUCAUCAUUACGGCUUCAUAUGAAGGUAAACCAUGUGAAAAUGCCAAACAAUUCGUCGCUUAUCUUGAAUCGAAACCUAAACUAGAAAUAAAUUAUGCUGUAUUUGGAGCGGGUCAUCAUGAUUGGGUAAAUACAUAUCAAAAAAUUCCAAUUUAUAUUGAUGAAAUGAUUGAAAAGAAUGGAGGGAAAAGAAUUAUUGAACGUGGUGCUGGUGAUUCUGCUGGUGAUUUUUAUGGAGCAUUUGAAAGUUGGAAAGAAAAUCUUUUUCAAGUUUUACGAAAAGACACUGAUGAACAAAACGUUAUUAGUGAAGAAAAACUUUCUAUUGAAAUUGUUAAUUCAAAAAGAAAUUUUGGACAAAUAACUGAUUCUGGUAUUCUCCUUAAAAACAAAGUUCUAGUCGAAGCAAAUAAAAUUGUACUAACAAUAAGACAUCUCGAGAUAAAACUUCCAAAAGGACAAACUUAUCAUACUGGUGAUUAUCUUGCUAUAUUACCAUCGAAUCCGAUUGAAAUUGUCUAUCGAGUUCUCAAACGAUUCAAUUUAUCUACUGAUACUCAAGUUAAAAUUCAUUCUUCUACAAAUACUUUCUUUCCAACUAAUUAUCCAGUUAGUGCAUUUGAUAUUUUAAGUGGUUAUGUUGAAUUAGCUCAACCGAUCAGCAAAAAACAAGUUGAAACCCUUGCUGCAUUAUGUAAAAAUGAAAAAGAACAAAUGCAACUCAACAAUCUUGGUGGAGAUGCAUAUGAAAUCGAAAUCCUAAAUAAACGUCUUAGUAUAUUAGAUAUUCUUGAAUUAUAUUCUUCAUGUGAACUUUCAUUUGCACAAUAUCUUCGAAUGCUUCCAUCACUUCGUGUUCGUCAAUAUAGUAUUUCUUCUUCACCUUUAUGGAAUUCCGAAGUAGUUACACUUACAUUUGAUAUACUUAAUACUCCAGCAUUAAGUGGAUCUGGACAAUACAUUGGUGUUGCAUCAAAUUAUCUUGCAAAUUUAAAAGAAGGUGAUCAAGUCAGUUGUAGUGUUCGAGCAAGUAAUGUUAGAUUUCAUCCACCUGAAGAUACAAAGGUACCUAUUGUUAUGAUUGCUGCUGGAACGGGAAUUGCGCCAUUUCGUGCUUUUAUUCAAGAAAGAGCAGCGCAAUUAGUAUGUGGAAGAGAAAUUGGACCUACAAUUCUUUAUUAUGGAUGUCGAUCAGAUGAAGAUUUUUUAUAUUCAAAUGAACUUGAUAAAUGGUCAAAACUUGGUGCAGUACAAGUUAAAUCUGUUUUUUCUCGUCAAGCAAAUAAUAAAAAUAAAUAUGUUCAAGAUUUACUUUGGGAAGAUCGGAAUGAAAUUGCCAAUUUAUAUUGUAAUGGUGCACGCUUUUAUACUUGUGGAAGUGCCAAAAAAGUUGGUGCAUCAGUCAAAACAUGUUUCACCAAGAUUAUUGCAGAAAUUAAACAAUGUGACGAAGAAGAAGCAGCAAAAAUUCUUGAAGAAAUUUCUCUUGAUCGAUAUAGCGUUGAUGUUUUCGCAUAA